CACGCUCAUCUGAUCUGAUUGAUGUACUCACGCUCGCCCACCCCCCUACCUCAUCACUCCAGCAGUACCGCUACAGUUCAGUUCGACAAUCUUCUAGAGACGGGCACCAUCAUCCGCCCGUGAGGCUUCCAGCUCCGGCGAACCCGCCCGCUCGGCCGAGAGAUACCGCGACCAUGUCCAUCUCGCUGCGCCUCGUGAUCCCCAUCGCAGCGCCCUGCCCCGUGCCGCCGCCGCGGACGGCGCGGAAUGCGGGCUGCUCUCCGCUCUCUGCGGCCGCCGUGCCGGUGCGGACCACGGGCGCGCUCAGGGGAUGCGCCGCUCUGCCGCUGAGGCCGCAGUCGCUGGUCCGGCCAUGCCGGAGCCGGGGGAGCGGCAUCGUCUGCAACGCGUCGGCGUACCUCAGCCCGCCGACGACGCAGUGGGUCUCCGUCGCGGCCGCCGCAGUGCUAUUGCUUGCUAAAGGCACAGGCAUACACAAAUCUUUCCUCGUGCCAUUGUUUGUUCUGCAAGCACCUACCGCCGUAAUCUCAUGGAUCAAGAGUGAAUAUGGGCUGUGGACUGCUUUUCUUGCGCUUGUGGUGCGUUUGUUCUUACCCUUUCCAGGUGAGCUAGAGCUUCCACUGUCAACAAUGCUGGCUGUCAGCGUUGCUCCUUACCAGGUGAUGAAUGUGAGUGUGCUAUUGGCUUCUAAAGAGAUUGGCAUACACAAAUCUUUGCUCAUGCCAUGGUUUGCACAGCAAGCACCUAGCAGUGUAAUCCCAUGGAUCAAGAGAGAAUAUGGACUGUGGACUGCUUUUCUAGCGAUUUUGGUGCGCUUGUUCUUACCCACUCCAGGUGAGCUGGAGCUUCCACUCUCAACAAUGUGGCUUAUCAUCAUUGCUCCUUACCAGGUGAUGAGUCUGAGAUUCCUACCUCCCGUGCACAGGGGAACUCAAGCUGGCAGGAUACUAUCUUUGGCGGUAGCCGUGUAUCUCGCCUUUCAGUACUUCACCAGGAACAGAGGGUUGCGCAGAGCCUUCCGUCCGGGAUCGAUAGUCGCGACCCUGGCUGUCAUCUGCAUCACAGUUACCAACGUGAUCCUGCUGUUCUGAGUUGCAAAGAGUUCACCCCUUGUUGUAGGCCUGACUGUCGAGGGGAAGAGGAGGAACUACUCCAGAGUGCAAUCUAUUGAUAUAUGUAUCUUCAUGUACGAACUUUGGUAUCAACAGAUCUCAGCAGAUUGUCCGCGCGCGAUGGAGGCACGCAGAUAGGGACGGGGCUUUAAUUUUGGAUUUUCUCUGGUCCAUAACAAUUUCACAGGCAUCUCUUAUGUUUAGUCGACAAUUUUUGUCGACUCGGGGUACAAUCAAACUCAAAGGAGGGACAAAAAAGAGCAGGAAAAAAAUCUUUGGAAUUGAGGAGCCCCUUGGUAUAAGAAUGUACUCCCUAUUUGGCAUACGAUUUUCUCCUAAGCCAAAAUUUUCAAAAGUUUCAUGGUUUGACCAAGUUUAUGGAAAAAAUAUUUAACAUUUAUAAAUAUACCACAUGUAUAUCCUACGAGAAUGCAUUUCUUGAUGUAUUUGAUGAUAUUGA